CACUGAAGCGGGUAGAGCUGCAGGUUUCGAAUGGAAAACUACUCUUAACACUAAAACAGAAAGAUAGCACACUGAAAAUGAUUUUAUACAACUUAACUGGGCUCUUGGAUGUCAACAGACUACUCAGUUGUGCGAAAAAUGAUGACUCAUGCAAGCUAACAUACGUCUAGCUAACCUCGAGCACAUCAAGGACGUAACGUCCGACUUGGAUAAAGCCAUUCAAGGUCUUAGGGGCGUGUUUGGCUGUCUAUUCAUGGUCUUGUUUCUUAUUUAGCUUCAUCUUUCGAUAUCUGAAACCAUCUCACUAUGAUGUCUCUAUUAUGGGAAGUUCUGGAACCUGUUUAACCGAUUACUUCAGCGUCUGUGCUCCUGAGAAAGUUCUUUUUGUCAUAAGCCUUUGUACUAUCCUUUUGGGUUUUGUUCUUAUUGUUUCAGGGGUUUGUAUUACUCAGCUUAGUGAUGGACUGUAUGCUCAUUUGUCCAUAUCAUAUUCAGCUGUCCCUAUUGUGUUUGCUGGCUGUGUUACACUAUUAAUAGCCAUUUUUAGGAUCGUUUCUACAAGUAGAAGUUUAAGGGAAAUGAAUCUGACUCCAUAUGAGUUUGAAAAACAAUGGAAUAAAAAAGAGUUUGUUUUCGAGUCUAUUUCCCACAAUCCUCAAGAAAACGCAUAUAAUGCAUUUUCUUUUGUAAAUAAAUCGCCUGGCAAUUUUAGCUCCAACUCAUUUUCGGAUAAGAAGACUGAACAUUUUCCCAUGCCUGUAACAAACUAUCAUCAAAGAUUACCAAUGCCACCAAGACGAGCUGUUUUGUAUUAAGUCUACUCAACUUUUAAUAUAACACUGAUUCGAGAGUUUUCUGUAUGUUAAGCAUCUUUUAUUUCAAGUUUCAUCAUUGUUUCUAUUGCCAUGCUCCGUUUUAGAAUUUUAUGUGGUUGUACUGCGACAUUAUUGUUCAUGCACUGUUUCUAAUUUUCAAAUUUGUGUUAUAAUUAACCUAAUAGUGAUAACUUGGUUGAAUAAAGUAAAUCCACUUUUU